CGAUGAUUUUCAAAUACAUCAGAGGCAUUUCUUCUUUACCGACUGGCAAAGCAUUAUGGAAUUCAUCCGACACAUUAUCAGAAAAUAUUACCGCUGCUUUAGAUACCACUGCAACCUACCAAGGUCACUACAAAAACCGUCUCGUUCAAAGUUGGCAAACUUCUAACCCUCAAGAGGUUCGUGUAGUACUUUACGCAAAUGGAGCAGAAGUUAUUUCUAUGAAGUUCAAUGCCAGAGGGACAACUAACGUUGACUGGUUUUCACAACAUAAUCUACUUCAGUCACCGUGGACGGAUCUUAAGAACGCGGUAAAUAUUCUUACCUUUGGUAUUAGUGGCCAUCACGGGUCACGCAACUUUGAAAUAACUGCCAACUACGGGGGAUGUGAGAAAGACGCUGGGUGGAUGGUGAUCACUGGACCUUACUGUAACUGGGAGAACCUUCACCUUGUUCCAGGAAUACUCUACAGCAAGAAAACUCACAAAAUCACAUGGAAUGAUACCCAAGCUGACGUCGGAAGCGCUGAGGCUAUGAUUGUCUAUGUUCGUUGAAGACCUAGGAGGCCAUUUAAUGAAUAGUCUGAAUAAAGUGUUGUGAAGUAAAAAUUCUGCUGUGGCUUAAAUACUGGAAUGUCGCUUGUGCGGCGAACGCCAUAUACCCGAAUCCAAAAACGAAGCUAGUAAAGAUGCGUUUAAAGAUCCAAACCGAAAAAGAAAUAAAUAUGAUACUCAUCUUGAGACAGGGACCUAACCUGCUAAAGUUUCCGAAAUCUCUAUACACUCGGCGCUAACCUGCUGACGAAUUGGAGGAACUUGGAGGGAUCAAUUAAAGUGCCAGACUGGUAACUAGGUGGUGUUCAAGAAAAACUGGCUCGUUGCUUCCUCUCCGCUCUCCUCUCUGCUCGAAACACUUUUCGUCAUUAGAAUUUGGCGCAAGUUCGUCUGGUAAAUAUUCUUUGACCGAAAGCCAAAUUAACUCGCUCACAUCAGCCCGCUUCAUGGCCUUUAUUCUUUUCGAUACCAGUAACUUCUUCUUGUUACACGCUGUCCCAGAGAAAGGAUCGCGGGAGCUUUUUCAUUCUUAACAUACGAAUUACACUAAGUCAAGAACGAG